AUGUCCUUCGAAUUGAAUAUCGACUUUGACCCUGGAUGCGAGAUACACAAUACUUUGAACCUCGGAGACCCUGAUAAGGACUUCAUCAGGGAAUACGAUCAGGAGCAGCAUCUCCCGGCGGAGCUGUCCUUCGCAAAUGACGGACACGGGCGAGACCACGCACAAUGCGAACUAAGUGACUCUUCGGGUGAAUUCCAUUCUGAAAGCGAUCGCGAGGAAUAUUGGGAAUAUUUAGCCGGACUGAAAUUUGACUCCGAAUGGGAUUCCAUCGAGUCCGAAUUCCACCGAAGAAGAUGCCUGGUAAGAAAUGACAAUGGUAUCCACCAUUUCAACUUUUUCGGCAUGGGGAUCUACACGCACAGCUUAACUCUCCCAGAAGAGUCUCUCGCAAUCCUCAUGGCUCAGCCCAAAGUCCCCAAGGCCACUUCGAAUCUUCGGGUACAGUCCAUCAUGAACCGUGCCGACCGAUACGUUGACCCUGUGAUUCUCCACCUUGACGGUCCAAACCGGGAUGAUCUCAUUCGCCUACUUACUUCAGAGGAAGGAUCCAGUCUCGAGCAAGCAAUGAAAGGCCAUGUUUUCAAAUAUUAUACCUCCCAUGGAACUUGGUCACUGGAAUUUUCGAAUAGUCCAGCUGACAGACAGGCUCGUGCUAAUCUUGCGAACUGCCUUACCGAAGGGAUUCACAUUGACGACGGUAGCCUCCAUAACUAUAUUGCUAACCUUGGUAUCGGCAACGGAUUCUACAGCUCUAGCCAUCUCAUGUCUUGGAAGCAAUGGUUCGCUAACUGCAGAGGACUGACGGCUAAAGGAAUCACUAAUCAGCGUUCUCGCAAGAAGGUAGACUGGCGACCGAAACGAUCUCCACUCAACCAGGUGAUGAACAUUGCUGCCGAGGGACCCAGCUUUGAUGAAGAUCGUGUUAAUGAAAGACUGGCCCGGAUACUGAAUAAUCUCGAAAACAGACCCGGAAAUAUGCGUCCAAGCCGACGCAAUGCGAUUGCUUCCGUUGACUGGCCUCGGGGCACAAAAUCGGACUCGUACUACUCCUUUUCACAUCGAAGGCCCCCUUCUAAUGAUAAACAGAGUACUAGUCUGAAGGCAGCUCCUAAGAUAGCUUUGAAGUCUCUGCUAUGUUGUCUGCGCUGCGGAUAG